GGGGGUGGGGGAAGCUCUGAACUCCGCCCUGACUGCCUCCUCCAGACUCCUCCCUAAUUCCCCAGCCUGAGGCCUCCUUCCUUGGCAAGGCUGGGAUGUCCAAGCUAUUUAUGGCCUAUGGAUGGGCUAUUUAUGGCGUGGCCUCUGUGUGCUCCCUGCCCCUCCCCCCCCCAUUCCCCCAAGGCCCGAGCCUGGCUUCAGCCCAGCUCCCACCCGCCCUGAUCGCCAGCAGCAUUGCCCAGGGGCCUGCUCUCGCCCUGAAAGUGGCCAUGCCCGGGAACAGGAGCUCGCCUCCCCAGCGGGGACACCGUCUGGGGUGCCUCCCCUCGGCCCGGGCUGGCCGGGUCUGGGGGGCCCAGUCCCACGCGGCCCGGGAGCGCCCUGGGCCCCGGCCGCUGCUGUGCCCGGACAUGGCGCUGCAGAACGCCCUGUACACGGGAGACCUGGAGCGGCUGCAGGAGCUGUUUCCCCCGCAAAGCACGGCCGACCUGCUGCUGGAGAGCCGGGCGGCGGAGCCUCGCUGGAGCAGCCGCCAGAGGGGCUGGUGGAGAAGCCCCGCGGAGGGUCCCCGGAGUCUGGCCCGGGACCCAUCGUCACCCGCACGGCCUCGGGACCUGCCCUGGCCUUCUGGCGGGCGGUACUGGCCGGGGACGUGGGCUCCGUCUCCCGCAUCCUGGCCGACUCCAGCAACGGCCUGGCUCCGGAUUCCAUCUUUGAUACCAGCGACCCAGAGCGAUGGAGAGAUUUCCGCUUCAACAUCCGCGCUCUGAGACUCUGGUCGCUGACCUACGAAGAGGAGCUGACCACCCCUCUGCACGUGGCGGCCAGCCGGGGCCACGUGGAAAUCCUGCGGCUGCUACUGAAGCGGCGGGCAAGGCCCGACGGUGCCCCCGGGGGCCGGACCGCCCUGCAUGAGGCCUGUGCUGCGGGCCACGCCGCCUGCGUCCACGUGCUCCUGGUGGCGGGAGCCGACCCCAACAUCCCUGACCAGGACGGGAGGCGCCCCUUGCACCUCUGUGGGGGAGCUGGCAGCCUCGAGUGUGCGGAGCUGCUCCUGAGGUUUGGGGCGAAAGUGGAUGGUCGGUCAGAGGAGGAGGAGGAGACCCCUCUGCAUGUGGCCGCCCGGCUGGGCCACGUGGAGCUGGCGGACCUCCUCCUGAGACGCGGGGCCUGCCCCGAUGCCCGAGAUGCCGAAGGCUGGACCCCGCUGCUGGCCGCCUGUGAUGCCCGCUGCACGUCCCCCGCCGACGCCGAGGCCACCACGGCCCGCUGCCUCCAGCUGUGCCGCCUGCUGCUCUCAGCAGGGGCCGACGCCGACGCCGCCGACCAGGACAGGCAGCGGCCCCUGCAUUUGGCCUGUCGCCGUGGCCACGCGGACGUCGUGGAGCUACUCCUGUCCCGCGGCGUCGGCGCCAACGCCAUGGACUACGGGGGACACACGGCCCUGCACUGCGCGCUGCAGGGCCCCGCUGCAGCCCUGGCCCAGAGCCCGGAGCGCACCGUGCGCGCGCUGCUCAACCACGGUGCUGUCCGCGUGUGGCCCGGGGCUCUCCCCAAGGUGCUGGAGCGCUGGUGCACGUCCCCGCGGACCAUUGAGGUCCUGAUGAACACCUACAGUGUCGUGAAGCUUCCUGAGGAUGCCAUGGGCCUGGUGCCUCCUGAAACUCUGCAGAAGCACCGUCGUUUCUACUCCUCCCUCUUCGCCCUGGUGAGGCAGCCCAGAUCGCUGCAGCAUCUCAGCCGCUGUGCGCUCCGUGCCCACCUGGCGGCCUGCCUGCCCCACGCCCUGCCCCGCCUGCCCCUGCCGCCCCGCCUGCUCCGCUAUCUGCAGCUGGAUUUCGAGGAUGUGCUCUACUAGGUGUCCACUGCCUGUUGAGUCUGAAAGCAGAUGCUCCAGACCCUAGGGGACACCAGCCCACUGCUCACAGCACCUGAGACUCGGGACUGAGUUGAGUGGAUUCAGGCCGAGGUGGCCCCCUCAGCAGGAGGCCCAACUCCACAGGGAGUGCUGUCAUUCCCUCAGGAGAGGCAGACGGACCAGGUGGCCAAGUGACAUCUGAUGGAGAGAGAGCUAGGACUCAUGGCAAAUGAUAUAUACUUCUCUGGGGGAGGGGGGUCUCCUGAGGCCCUCUCCAGACUGUCCAAACCCUGUGCUCACAUUAAAAAUAUGCAGGCCUGUGU